AUCUUUCCGCCAUCUCCAUCUCCAGCUUCAUCUUUCCCUCUGAACGACGACGAAAACAACCGGCGACUCCUGAUAUCCCAUUGCACCUUACCGGUUUCAAUCCCUUUCGGUCUUUUCGACUUGAUCCAUCCGAUCCCACCGCCUGGCCUCGAAGCCAACAUAUCCCAUUCAUCAACACAACCUCCCGAAAAGACACCCAUUCUUAAACCUCCCUCACCACCACCAACACUAUGGCCGGAGGUGCUACCAAGUUCCGCCAUUUGAGCCGCAAGUCCUCUCACAGACAGGCUCUGCUCCGCAACCUCGUCACCUCCCUCUUCCAGCAUGAAUCCAUCACAACCACAUGGGCCAAGGCCAAGGAGGCGCAACGACUGGCCGAGAAGUUGAUCACCCUGGGCAAGAAGAACACCGAAGCCAGUCGGAAACGCGCAUUGUCGACGUUUUAUACCCCCCACGAGCUCCUCCCCAAACUCUUCGGUCCUCUUCGUGAACGCUACGCCGAACGCCCCGGUGGCUACACACGAGUUCUGCGCGUCGAACCCAAGAAGGACGAUCAAGCCGCCAGCGCAAUCCUGGAGUUGGUAGAUGGACCUAAAGAUAUGCGGUUUGCUUUGACGGCGCGGACAGUUGCUAGGCAGCGGUCUCAGGGCUUGGAGACCCUCAAUGAACUCACUACGAUGAAUGUCAAUAAGGUCACACGGUUCCGGAAAGGAGGGAUUGCUGAUCUGGAGAGGGAGAUCAAGCGGUUAGAGAUCACGGGUCACGGGAAGGAGGACGCGGGGAAGGCGAAGCCUGCGAAGCAAUAAAAUGAUGAAUGAGUGGGUGAGUGAGUGAUGGGUGUGGUAGUGGUGGCCUAGUUGGCCUUUAUAUUGUGUAUCUUUAUUAUUCCUUCACCUUCACCUUCACUGUUGUGUGCUUGGGCCCUGUGUUUUGGCUAGUCAUGAUUGUGUAAUUUUAGCUGUUAUUUCCCCCUGUGGUGUCGUGUAUGUAGAUUGGACCGUUCCUCCCCAGUCAUCGAGAUUAUCUCAGGAAGUGUAGACUACUUAUUACAUCUAUUAACAAGAUACUAGC